CUUUACCACCCUGUUUGAAAUAAGCUUCUAGCUUCUUUUCACUGGAAUCAUGGCUCAGUUACUGUCUCCAGUGUACACAGAGGUUCUCAAAAUCCACAACCCAUCACUGAAUGUAUGUUCAAGAGGCUCAUGGCGUAUGUUAGCAAAGGCUGCAAAUCUUUGUACCUUUGUGACAAACAAUGGCCAGCGAAGAGGCUGUGGCAGAGUAAGAGUUGCUGCUGAGGACUCAGUUUCUUCUACUGAGACUGUUGCAGAUGACUAUUAUGCAGUUCUGGGUCUGCUUCCAGAUGCCACACCAGCUCAGAUCAAGAAGGCCUACUAUAAUUGCAUGAAAGCUUGCCACCCAGACUUGAGUGGCAAUGAUCUUGAGACCACAAAUUUCUGCAUGUUCAUCAAUGAUGUCUACGCGGUGCUCAGUGAUCCCAUCCAGCGCAUGAUUUAUGAUGAAAUUCAUGGGUAUUCUUUAACUUCAAUCAAUCCUUUUCUGGAUGAUUCUAGCCCAAAGGAUCAUGCUUUUGUAGAUGAAUUCAGUUGCAUAGGCUGCAAAAAUUGUGCCAAUGUAGCCUCUGAUGUGUUUGCAAUAGAGGAAGACUUUGGAAGAGCCAGAGUAUACAGCCAAUGCGGGAAACCGGAAUUAGUUCAACAGGCGAUUGACAGUUGCCCUGUUGACUGCAUUCAUUGGACAUCUGCUGCACAACUAUCAUUACUUGAAGAUGAAAUGCGCCGUGUAGAAAGAGUCAAUGUUGCCCUAAUGCUUUCAGGAAUGGGAUCAGCAUCGAUGGAUGUUUUUAGAAUGGCAAAUUCGCGAUGGGAAAAGAGGCAGUCAAAAGUCUUGGAACAAGCAAAAUUGAGAAUGAUGAAGCAGCAAGGUUCUGAUAAAACAGGUUCAUACUGGGACAAUCUGCGGGGCAAACCGAAAGAGUAUCAAAGUUCAGAAGAGGAAGUGAAGGAAAGAGCAAAAAGAGCUGCUGCUGCUGCAAGAAGAUGGAGGGAGUACUCAAGAAGGGGUGUUGAUAAGCCUCCCACAUUUAAACUUCCAGAGGCAGGCUCUGGCAAUGACAAGUGACCAUUACUUUCCCUUAAUCUUCUAUAACAUUUAGUCUCAUGUAAUUAAUUCAUUUUCCAUAAUUGUAUAUGCAGCAACUGUAAUUAAGGUAAAUUUGUAUACAUAGAUGAAUUUAAGUGAUACAAAGGAAUAUAAAAGAAAGCUAGUUUAUAAUUAUGUUGCAGUGUGCUU